CUUGUUAUUUUGUAUGCUAUACAAAUAUAAAGCUCUCUUUCUCUUUGUGUGUGAAUAUAUAGUUGUGUUUACUUUGAGACAAAAAGAUGACAAAGAGUUUUUUUUGUUAGUGAAAAGUCAUUGUAAACCAGUUUUCACUUUCCAUCACUUUUGAUAAUUUGUUAGGGUUUUCUUGUUUUUCUUUCCUUUUUCUUUGUUGUUUGUUUCUGUCUAGUGAAUUGUGAAGUGGGGUUCUGUUAUUUUUUUGUGUGUGAUUGAGAAACAAUUUAAAGGUGGAAUCUUUUGGUUUCUUGGAGCAAAUUUUACAGAAGUUUCUUGAAUUUUUAGAAGAAAAAGAUUGGAAUUUUGGCUUGAUUUUGUACUCAAAGUGAGUCAAAGAUUGGAUUUUUUUGUUUUUGUUUUGGUGUAAUGGAUGAUUAAGAGGGAAUUUUCUGUUUUGAAGUUGUCAAAUUGAAGAAAAUGAGGACUUUUGGGUUGAAUCUUGUCAAGUUGUUUAUAAUUUUGUGAGAGAGUACUAUGUACUUGUAAUUGAUGUUUCUGGAUAUAGAUUUCAUUGCUGAACAAAUAUAGAAAGCAUUUUCACUUCCUAAUGGGAAAAUAAGUUUUUAUGAGCUAAAGAGUUGGUUGGUUCUUGAAUUGAUUGUCAUAUUGGUAAAAUUUUGUUGACAUCAAGAUGAUUACUUUUAUGGAUCCAAAGGACAAAGUGAAAGAAAUAGAAAAGUGUUUAGAUUCUCAACUAUGGCAUGCUUGUGCUGGUAGUAUGGUACAAAUGCCUUCAAUUAGUUCAAAGGUUUUCUAUUUUCCUCAAGGUCACUCAGAGCAUGCUAGUGGAAAUGUCGAUUUUAGGAGCUCCACUAGGAUUCCGUCGUAUAUUCCUUGUAAAGUCUCGGUGAUUAAAUAUAUGGCUGAUCCUGAAACUGAUGAGGUUUAUGCCAAGAUUAGGUUGAUUCCUAUUAGUAGGAAUGAAGUUGAAUUUGAUGAAGAUGGGGUUGUUGGGGGGAUGAACGGUUCGGAUAACCAAGAUAAACCUACUUCAUUCGCUAAGACUUUAACGCAAUCGGAUGCGAACAAUGGCGGAGGUUUUUCAGUCCCGAGGUAUUGUGCGGAGACGAUAUUUCCUCGUUUGGAUUACUCCGCGGAUCCUCCCGUUCAGACCAUCCUUGCUAAGGAUGUUCACGGGGAGACAUGGAAAUUCAGGCAUAUUUAUAGAGGGACGCCGAGGCGCCAUCUGUUAACGACGGGAUGGAGUACUUUUGUGAACCAUAAAAAGCUCAUUGCUGGUGAUUCCAUUGUGUUCUUGAGGGCGGAAAACGGAGACCUUUGUGUAGGCAUUCGGAGGGCAAAGAGGGGAAUUGGAGGUGGGCCCGAGACUUCUUCUGGAUGGAAUCCGGCUGGUGGGAAUUGUAUGGUACCGUACGGAGGGUUUUCAAGUUUUCUUAGGGAAGAUGAGAAUAAAUUAAUAAGAAAUGGGAGCGGGAACUUGAUGAACAGGGGAAAAGUGAAGGCAGAAUCGGUUGUCGAAGCUGCAAAUCUUGCAGCCAGUGGACAACCAUUCGAGGUGAUUUAUUACCCUCGUGCGAGCACUCCGGAGUUUUGUGUGAAGGCCUCGCUUGUAAAGGCAGCAUUGCAGAUCCGUUGGUGCUCGGGGAUGAGGUUCAAGAUGCCUUUUGAAACUGAAGAUUCUUCACGGAUAAGUUGGUUCAUGGGAACUAUAUCUUCAGUUCAGGUUUCCGAUCCCAUUCGGUGGCCAGAUUCACCUUGGAGGCUUCUGCAGGUGACGUGGGACGAACCUGAUCUGCUCCAAAAUGUGAAACGUGUCAGCCCAUGGCUCGUGGAAUUAGUCUCGAACAUGCCUACCAUUCACCUUUCUCCCUUCUCACCCCCACGAAAGAAACUAAGAUUACCUCAACAUCCAGAUUUUCCUCUCGAUGGCCACCAUCUUCCUAUGCCGGCUUUCUCCGGUAACCACCACCUUCUAGGGCCUAAUAACCCCUUCGGUUGUCUUCCCGACAACACCCCUGCUGGCAUGCAGGGAGCCAGGCAUGCUCAAUAUGGUUUAUCAUUAUCAGAUAUCCACCUCAAUAAGCUGCAUUCGAAUUUUUUUCCGGUUGGUUUUCCGCCACUUGAUCAGGCUGCAGCAGCACCCCCUAGACCCCUAAAUAGUCCAAUGAUCGGUAAGCGAUGUAACAGCGAGAAUAAUAUAUCUUGCUUGCUAACCAUGGGAAAUUCCGCUCACUCUACGAAGAAAUCUGAUAUUGGAAAAGCACCACAACUCAUGCUUUUCGGUCAACCUAUACUUACUGAGCAGCAGAUCUCUCUUAGCUGCUCGGGAGAUACUGUUUCUACUGUUCGUACAGGGAAUAGUUCCUCGGAUGGUAAUGCUGAUAAAAUAGGGAACGGGUCUGAUGGUUCGGGUUCCGCACUUAAUCAACGUGGUUUAACAGAACGAUCGCCGUGUGACACAUUUCAAUCCGAGGCAAAUACCGAGAUUGGACACUGUAAGGUUUUUAUGGAAUCAGAAGAUGUAGGUCGCACACUGGAUCUUUCAUUACUAGGAUCUUACGAAGAGUUAUGCAGGAAAUUGGCAAAUAUGUUUGGCAUUGAAAACUCGGAGAUGCUUAAUCAUGUUCUCUACCGGGAUACCACUGGCGCGGUCAAGCAACUCGGUGAUGAACCAUUUAGCGACUUCAUGAAAACAGCACGAAGGUUAACGAUUCUAACUGAUUCAAGCAGCGACAAUGUAGGACUAAGGGAGUAAGAGAGAUUAAGUAAAUCUCGACUCCACUUUCCUUUCGAACUGUACAGCUGGAAGAUCGAGUGCUCUGUUCCUAACAUUUUAACUCUUUCGGAUAUGCUGAAGAAGAUAUUUAAUUACCAAGUUCAAGAGUGGAAAAGUUUGCGAUUCAGCAAAAUUUUCGCAGACUUUUCAGUUCGAAUGCUGUUUCUCGGGGACAGUAUGUGUUUAAUAGGUUUCUUUGGAUUGUUUUCUGAGUUUUGUUCAGACAACACCUACAAAGAACAAGAUGUACUUGUUUUUUGUAGGCUUUGUCUGCUAAUUCUAGUACUCCAUUUACUUAUGGAAGCCUUCUAAGAAGGCUUAAGACUUUCUUGUUUUGUUUUCUAUCUAAUGAGUACAGUUCCAAACUUUGAGAAAUUGUAAGUUAUCAUUCUUGACUUGAGCUCUUAUUCUUGGUUGACUGA